UUAGAUUUAAAACAUGGCCAAUGAAUAUAAUAAUACUCUUUAUGAAUCAUUUAAUCGUAAUUUAAAAUAUUAUGAUAAUCUACUCUCACAAAAAAGCAUAAAUAAUCAAGAAUUUUGGGAUAUAAUUGUAUUAACAUCAGGAAACUUACACCAAAAAUCAUUGUAUGAGCGUCAAAUAAAACGAAAACUUGAAAAUAAUGAGAUUCCAAAUUUGGAAAAUUUAGAAUAUCAUGUGAUAGCGGAUCCACCUGGAAGGCAAAUAGGUAGUGGAGGAAGCACAUUGUUGGCAAUUAAGUUCCUUUAUAACAAGUAUGGAUCAAAUUUAGAACGAAAAAAAGUUUUGCUAAUUCAUGCUGGAGGAUAUUCAACAAGAUUACCUCAUGUUAGUAUAUUAGGAAAAUUAUUUAUGAAAGUUCCAAUUAGCAGUGACUCAACAAGAGAACGAGAUUGGGUAGAAUUAUUUGAUUUGAAAUUAAUUAUUUAUAUUGAAUUAAUUAAACAUUUAAAAAAAGGGACCGUAUUUCUCACUAGUUCAGAUACAAUUGAAUUAAUGUCAAUUAACGUGAAAGAAACAUCUUUGCAAAAUACAUCAUUAGUAGCGUUGGCUCACCCAUCUACAUUACACAUUGGUUCAACACAUGGUGUAUACAAAAUACAAGAUGAUUUUAAUCAAUGUCAAAAUGAUAUAAAGAAACAACCUAAAGAUCGUGAAUGCUUAAUUAAAUUGUGUAAAGAAUAUUUACAUAAACCAUCCAUUGAAAUUAUGAGAUUUCAUAAAGAAAUUAUUCACUUAGAUAAUAAUGGAAACGAAUUUGUAUAUACUGACAGUACUUAUUUCUUUGAUUAUAACACAAUUAAAAUAUUUCUCGAGAUCUUGGAUGAAAUUCAACCAUUAACAUAUGAAUUAGAGGCAUGGUCAGAUUUCUUAAAAACUAAAUUCGAAGCACAUUCUAUACCACAAGAAAUGACACCAUUAGAAGAAGCUCAAUUAACAAUAAUAAAAAAGCUUUAUUCAUCUGAUAAUAGGGAAUUGAACGUUUUAAUAUUGAAUAAUUCAAAAUUUUAUCAUUUGGGAACUAUGCUUGAAUAUAUAAAUGUUAAUGUUGAUCCUCAAUUUAAAGAUGAACUUGGAAUUGUAUCAUUUACUCAAGGACAAUUAUUAAAUAAGAGAAAUUCAAUUAAGGGGAAUAUUUGUAUGAUGAAUAGUCAAAUAAAUGAAAAUAUUGUAUCAUUCGAAGAAUCCGUACCUAUAAUCUUGGAUAAUGUUAAAAUUCAUAGUACAACAUCUAAUGAGGAGAAUAAGAAGAUUAUAAUUGGUGGAUGGAGUAUAUUAAGCAACAUAGAUUUAAUAAUUUCAAAAGAAAUCAGAGUUCCAAAUUAUACAUGUAUGUUUACAUCAUUUUUAAGGAAAAUUACAUCUUCUGAAAUAUCUUCUACUUCUUCCUUUUCGGAAAAAGAAGAAGGAUAUGUUACAUUUAUUUUUGGUACAAAUGAUGAUAUGAAAGCAAGCUAUUCUUUUAAUUCUUUGGUUAUUUAUAAAAAUAUUCUUGUACAUAAAAUUGUUCUUUCACAAUGUAUAAAAAGUAUUCAACAAAAGGGUGAACAUAAAUAUGCACUAUGGAAUGUUCCUAUAUUUCCUAUGACUAAAACUAAGGAACAAUCUGUUCGAUUAGCUCUACUUAUGUUGAAUAAGAUUGAGAAUGAAGGAAAUACAACUAAAAAGGAAGAAGUGUAUGAUAAUAUUGAGGAAAAUCAUGAGAUUAUUAUGUUUGUAUCAUUAAAAAUGUGCGUUGAAAUGAUGGAAGUUUCAAUAUGAAUUGAAAAUUGGUAUAACCAUAUUUAUUAAUUUGUACAGAUAAAUUUUGUUACCUCCUAAUUUUAUUAAUAAAAUUAUAAAGU